AUGAUGAUGAAGUUGUCUAGCUCACAGAGAAAGUCUUAUGUAUUUCUUGAAGUGGUAGCAAACCAAAUUGAGCAACAUAUAGAAGAUGUACAAGCUAACAAUCAACAACAACAUCCAGAAACAGAAGGAUGUGAUCAAAUGGGCGACGUUAAUCGUGAUGAUAUUGAGGUUGGUGUUAGUUGGAAUCCUUAUCAAGAUUGGACACAUGACGAAAGAGAUACAGCUGAAGGAUGUUAUCAAAUGGGCGACUUACCAACAAAUGAUUUUCGUUCUGGCGGAGAAGAUGAAUAUCAUGCUCAUGAUGAUGGUGGUAUCGAUUAUAAUUGUGUCAAUGAUAUUGAUGGUCCCGAAGAAGGUGUCGAUGUUGUUGAUAACACAGGGAUUGGUCCAUCAGGGUUAGUGCAUGAAAGCUCAACACAUCAUGGUUCAAAUCCUUUUUUUGGUGUUCCAGAGCCAUAUAUAGAUAUAGAAAAUGAAGUAAGUCAAAUUCAUACAGUUGCACCAGGUGAUGGCAGAUUCAAAAUCAAAGAUCAAUUCGCUUCUAAACAAGUUUUAAUUGACACCAUAUGUAGGGAUGCAUUGGAAAAUGGUUAUCAAUUCAAAGUAUCAAGUUCUAAUAAAAAGAGAUGGGAUAUAAAGUGUUUGCAUGAAGGGUGCAAAUGGAAAGCAAGAGCUGGGAAGUUAAGUAACAGUGAUGUUUUUGUGUUAAAGAAGUUUGGAACACACACUUGUCCUCGUGAUAUAAUUAGACCUCAUCAUAGGCAAGCGGGUAAAAGGGCAAUGGGAAAAAUAUUACAGUCAUUGUUUACUGCAGGUGACCGUGUAUAUAGGCCAAAAGAUAUUAUCACGGAUAUAGCAGAUAGAUAUCAAAUUGAUAUCUCUUAUGCGCAGACUUGGCGUGCUAAAAAUUGGGCUUUAAAUGAGAUAAGAGGUUCGCCAGAGGAGUCAUUCAGACUAUUACCGAUAUUCUGUCAAAACCUUGAACAACGAAACCCUGGCACCAUUACACAAAUAGACACGGAUGGAGAUCAUCGAUUUCAUUUUGUCUUUAUGGCUUUAGGAUGUUCAAUUAGGGCAUUUCGUGAUUUUUGUCGUCCGGUCAUCUGUAUUGAUGGAGCAUUCUUGAAAGGUCGAUAUUGGGAUAGACACAAUGCUAUAAUUCGUUGUGUGAGGGAAGUAUUUCCGAAUGCACAUCAUGGUUGGUGCAACCAUCAUAUCAAGGGAAAUAUGCGAAGUCGGUAUAAACAAACAAAACAUAUUAAAGGAUUAUUUUGGCGAGCUGCUAAAGCAUAUCGAAUAGAAGAUUUUCAGGAGGCUUUGCGGAUGAUUAGAGCUGAAAAUCCAACCGCAGCAGCUUAUCUGGAAGAUGCUUGUACUCAUUCUCUAACUCCAUGGGCUGAAGAGAAGAUGGCCAGUCAUAUCCUAAAGUCAGCCAAUAUGAGUGUCAAGUCGAUAACAAUUGAUCGAUAUGAAGUACAUGGUCCGAGUAAACCUGUUGCUAUAGUUGAUCUUGCUAAAAAGGAGUGUACAUGCAGAAAAUUUCAACUAUCACAAAUAGCAUGUACACACGUUGUAGCAAUCACCAGAUUUCAAAACCUUUCGCACUGUUAUCCAUGGGUGAAUAAAUAUUACUCAACUGAAUAUUGGCAAGCAGUAUAUAGAGAAAGUGUUGAACCAUUGGGUGAUCCAUCAGAAUGGGUGCAAUCAGAAGAAAUACGUAUAGUCCACCCACCUCAGAUAGGACAUCGACGUCCUGGUCGACCUUCGGAACACAAUAGAAGGCCAUCGCAAGGGGAGGAAAUCUGUCAAGUUGAAUGUAGUCGGUGUCAUGAGAAAGGACAUACUCGAUUAGUUUGUACAAAUCCUUUGUCAGGUGUCGGGUCUGCAAGAGAGGUGUAA